AUGCCUCCCAAAAAGGGCAGUCGCAAGUCGAUGCCUGCUCAAGUCAAUCAUGACACGCCCUCACUAGUACCCUCCCGACGUUCUCGAAGAAUUUCUCUUGCAGCGCCGGCUACAAAUACUUCUGAUGACUCCCCCAAGACUUCCGUGGUUGCUUCUGCCACCGGAGCAGAGUCUGGGCCAUCUCUCAACAUCCACUUUUACACUCCCAAAACCCCCAAGACUCCCUCCACACCGCAAUCACCCUCACAUACGCCAUCUCAGGCUUCCACAAACUCUCCCGACGUAACGUCAACACGUCGAAGCACAUUCAAGCCUCGUCCCUCUCGACUUUCGUCCGUUUUCCCACCCUCUUCGGAGACUCCGCAAUCGGUUCAAAGUAAUCGCCGGACUCGUCGUACAGCUGCGCUUGAAACUCCCCAGUCCGUUUACUCGGAUUACGACAUGUCUGAAUCCUUUGGCUCAACUGGGUGGACCUACAGCCAGUACAUGGGCGGUAAUGGCAUGGACGGUGCAUCUGAUCCCCGCCCCUCCCCCAGUAUUUCAUCUAUGGGCACCAGAACUUCGAUGCGCGUGCGGAAACCGACGGUCAAAGCCCUGGAAUCAAUGCAAUCUCAACAAAAGGCUCAAUCACGAAGCCUGAAAAAGGAAACCUCCAGUUCAAACGUUAAUAACUCUGCUCCGGAUGCCUCUUCUGAAGCCUCGCCAGCUUCACGUUCUCCUGUUCAUUCUGGUCCCAGCUCUGCCGCUUUCCCUGCCUCUGCCUCAAAGAAUUCCUCUGGCACAACCACACGCUUCCCCAAACUCACCUUUAAGAACGGUCUUAAACCCGCCACCAGAGCCGCAUCCACAAGAAAAGUGAUCGCGGGCCCUGCCGCUCAGCCAAAGAGUGACCACAAAGACAACCAAGCAGCCACUAAGUCAUCCCCCCAAGUGCCAGGUCGCAUUGGCAAGAAAGACAAGAACGUGGCCAAGUGUUCUCUUCGCCGCAUCCAGACCACUGUUGGCCGUACGGGCCAAAAGCUGUAUGAGCUAGCCAUGCUCGCUCUGGGGACCGACUUCAUGAGUCCGCCCGACCCGGAUCAAUUUCUUCAAGAUGUGCGUGCCGCCCAUAGUGAGAGGUUGGGGUUGAACAAGCAGACGGAAUCCUGUGAAAAUCAGCCUGAAAAUGGUGAUACCUCCGCCGCAGGAAAUGUAGAGCAAGUAGCUGCAGACGUUCAGUCCAAGGACAAAGCGGUACUCAAACUGUCCCUUUCCGCACCUCCAUUCAUCGAUGAGGAGAACUGGGCUCAUACGGGUCGCAUCAAUGACCAUGGUGAAGAGCUGGUCUUGAUGCCUCCCAAUUACACCCUCGAUCGCGCUCCUCAUACAUAUGGAGACCGGUCACUUCCUUAUCCUCCCAUCCGAGCUCGCCCGGAGAUCCAGGCGAUGACUGACGACACCAUCGGCUACCCGCCUCGAAUUGGCGAGCGCAACUCCCCCUUUGACAUUGCGAGCAAGUCGCAAAUAAACGACGUCAAUAAGGGGGCGGGAAAGAAGGCGGUCCCGCGCAGCGGGCCGGUGCGGAAAGGUGGCCGAAAGCGUCGCAUUGCAGAAGCUGACAGUCCGGAUAACCAUGCGGUCUCGCCUGCGGCUCCUGGCUCGGAGAAUAGACAGCGAGCCCAAAAAAGGCGUAAAGAAGAGACUAACGCUUCUGCGUCUGCAUCAACAAAGCAGGCGGCACGCCAGACCCCUGUCGUCAGAUCGGGAAAGGCGAAGGCUCACGUGAAGGCGCAUGCCUCUUUUCCACGGGAGGCAGAAACACCGUCAUCAAAGGUGCAGCGUCUUCGUAUCACAGUCAAGCCACAGGGUACAAAGGAUGCAGUGAAGGAGGAGGAGGAGAAGGAGGAGAAAGAGGAGGAGCAGAAGGAAGAGGCACCCGAGUUGCAGGAGUCUCAUUCACAGCCUUCGGCUGGCCGAAGUCGCCAGAAAGCCAGUGGUCCUUCAUCACGGGUCAAGUCCGCCCAGAAGCUGACCAAGUCAAAGGGUAAGCAAAGAGGAGCAGCCCUGCUUGACGCAGAGGAUGUGGGGGAUGCUCCAGCAUCACCUACCACACGAACAGGGACUGCAGACUCUUCGAGCCGCGAGCAGCCCGCAAAAGCCCAGCGAAGCUCGCGGGGACGAGGUUCAGGCCGGAAGAAGGCUUGA